CGGGUUUCUGAAAUUCCCGAUGCGGGUGCCUGAAAGUGAGGCUGUCAACGCCACGUGGGGUGUUCUGAGGCCACACGCACAGGUCAGCUUCACCUCAGCCCAGCUCUUUCCCCUCUGUCCUGGAAUUUGACCAUAAAAAGGGUUGUGGUGGCAAAUCCGGAAAGAGCAGUUGAGGUAAAGACUUAUCUACUCAGUUUUUGAUAUUCCUGUGACGGAUACACGGUAGCAUCUCUCGUCUGCUGCCACACAACAACGCGCAUACACACGCUUCGGAGUAUCCGUGCAGCUUGAGGUAACGCGCCAUCGGAUUUACGAAAUGACGGAGAGCAGCACAGCGGCCAUAGCUGCGACGACGGCGCUGGCGACAGUGGCCAUCCUCGCGUUUCUGCGCUUCACACUUCGGGCUCCACGUCCAAAAAUCUACCGAAGCCCCCUGCGGACAGUUAUCCCAACACUCUCCAAAGAUGAGCUAGACAAGCUAGAAUACUCACCCGACGAGUUCCCCGGCGCAAGGGACGUAGACACUCCCUACGGCUCAAUCCGCGUAUACGAAUGGGGCCCCGAGACGGGGCCUAAGGUCCUCCUGAUCCACGGCAUCAGCACGACCUGCCAGACGCUCGGCGGGGUCGCGCACGCCCUCGUCCGCCUCCGGCGGUGCCGGGUCCUGCUGUUCGACCUCUUCGGGCGCGGCUUCUCCGACUCCCCCGGGGACCUGCCGCACGACGCCCGCCUGUACGUCUCCCAGGCGCUGCUGGCGCUAGCGUCGUCGCCGCUCGCGUGGACGGGGCCCGGCGCGCGCGUGCGCGUCGUGGGAUACUCCAUGGGCGCCGCCGUCGCCGUGCACCUCGUGGCGGCCGGGGGCUUGCCCGCCGCGGCGGUGGAGAGCGUCGUGUUGCUCGCCCCCGCGGGGCUGGUCCGCCCGGAGAAGUUUGGCCGCGUCGCGAGCUUCGUGUUCACGUCGGGUGUGGUGCCGGAGCGGAUCCUUGCGGCUGUUACUCGCCGGAGGCUGCGGAAGCCUAUCGCUGCGGGGGUGAAGCGGCGGAGCAAGGACGCGCCUUCCGGGACCGAGACGCCGGCUGACGGCGACGGCAGCAGCAGCAGCAGGGACGCGACACCGAUGACGAUGACGACGCCGCCGCAAGACCCCGUCGGCGCGGCCAUGACGGAGACGGUGGUGGCGGACGGGGAGGUCUCCACGCGGCUGGAGGAGAGGGUCCUCGCCUACGUGCAGUGGAUGGUGACGCACCACGCGGGCUUCGUGCCUGCUUUCAUGUCGUGCAUCCGGCACGCGCCGCUGACGGGGCAGCACGACGCAUACGCGCGCUUGGCGGGGCGGGGGUUCUGCGUGGCGUUUGUGCUGGGCCGCGACGACGAGGUCGUCGGGCCGGAGGACUUCGCCCAGGACGUGAUGCCGCUGGUGGGCGGGGAGGAGGGCGUCUUCUGGCAGCGAAGAGUCCUCUGGAAGGUCGUCGGCGGGGGACAUGAUUUCCCCAUGACGCAUGAGGGGGAGACGGUCGAUGCGAUUGAGGAGUUUUGGGGCGGUGUGGCGGGGGGUUGGUAGGGGACGCUGCGUUGAGUUUGCGAGGACGUGGAUGGUAUAUAUAGAUGGCUGCGGCGUUUGGGGAGUGGGAAUACAGGUUGCCCCUGCUGGGGGACAGCAUCGUCGGAGCGGAUACCCAGUCCCUUUGCUUUGCUUUACUUUGCUGCAUUUCAUGGUUGGUCGUCUAGAGAUGGGGCGUUUAAUUCUAUACUACAUUUGCAUGAAUCACCGCCCACGCUUCAUAUUCAGCGAGCAGGGUAUUAGAAAUGAGGAGCGACCCGACCUAUCUACUAGAUGAGGACUAUGAAGCCGAGUAGAGACAUGCUAAUUAUGACAAUAAAGAACCAAAGUUGGGUAUUUUGCUGAGCCAAGUGGAGAGAGAUAACAGUUACAGCGCAUUUUUAAACCUCCCC